AUGUUGCAGGAGGCGGGACGAAGGGAGAAUGAAGUUAGACGCAAGGACGAGGAAGUUAGGCUCAAAGAAGAGGCGGCGCACGCUAAAGAGGAAGAGAUCCGGAGGAAGGAGGAAGAACGCAGGCGAUGGGAAGAGCUUAAUUCGCUGGAAGAUCUCACUAAUGACGUCCAGGGGAGAUUAUCCUAUCCAAGUGCUUCCGGAGGUUUUGGGGACAUCUGGAAAUGUGUUUUAGUCAAGUCCAACAGGGCCGUACAGGUGGCAGUGAAGACCAUUCGUUCGUUCGAGUCGGAUAACGAGGAAUCGGUGCGGAAGAAUGCGAAGAGAGUGCGUCGUGAGCUGACAAUUUGGGGCCGUCUCAAACAUGAUAGGAUUCUUCCACUCUGGGGAGUGGCAAACGACUUCGGGCCCUACCCCGCAAUGAUUUGCCCAUGGGCCGAUAAUGGAGCUCUCACGGGCUUUCUUGAGCGCCAACAAGACCGGUUGUCGUAUCAAGAUAAGUUUUCGCUUCUGAAUGAUAUCGCUCUUGGAUUGCAAUACCUACACAGCAAAUCAGUUGUCCAUGGUGAUCUGACAGGGUCAAACGUCUUGAUCAACGGACAGGGUCAGGCAUGCCUUGCUGAUUUCGGUCUCUCCACUAUCAUCGUAGAGUUCAUCGGUACCUCCUAUUUUACGAACUCUAUCUGGGGUAAUAUUCGAUGGGCAGCUACGGAGCUAUACGAAGUACCGGACAAUGCAACGCUCACCACCGAGUGCGACGUAUACUCAUUUGGCAGUAUCAUAUUGCAGGUAUUGACCUCCAAGGUACCCUACUACAAUGUGAAGAAAGACAUUGCAGUGUUGGCUCAAGUCAUCAAGGGUAUGAAACCAGAGCCUCCCAAGGAAUCGCGAAUAGCACAGGGGCACUGGAACUUUAUACAGCGAUGUUGGCUGCCUCGUGCGAGUCGUCCAUCAGCCGGAGAAAUCGUAGCGUUUGUAGGAUAUGAACGACGAGCUCUGUCAUUCUAA